AGUUGCUAGGGCAGUAAUCAGUUGGUAUUGUUAGUUAAAGUAAGUGUGAAGUUUGUAUAUUUGCUCUGUUAAUUAUAACUACUAAACUUGAUAGCAGGUACCUAUCUACUCUAGUUCGUAGUACGUUUAGUUUAGUAGGGGGUAAAGAUUCGUAACAAAUAAUGCACAAAGUCUUUGUCUACGGCACUUUAAAACGAGAUGAGCCGAACCACUAUUGGUUGACAGAUGAGAACAAUGGCGUUGGUAACUUCCUGACGGACGGCCACACUAAAACACAAUACCCGCUUAUAAUAGCCACCAAGUAUAAUAUACCCUUCCUGCUGUUCAGUCCCGGGGAUGGACACUUAGUAAAAGGUGAAAUAUACGAAGUGGAUGACAAUAUGUUACAUAAACUAGACAUGCUAGAGGACCACCCUAACUAUUAUGUCAGGGAGAAAGAUAAAAUUGUCAUUAGUACCCAGGUAUCAGAAGACACAGAAACAGAAACGACAGUACAAUGCUGGGUGUACUUCCUCAAGAACUUUAAACCGGAACUCCUGGAUCGACCUCACUUGGAAAGCUACAGUUCGAAGGGACCCCACGGCUUGCCUUACAUGGACAGGUCUAAAAGAGAUCCCUUGUAUAACCAUAAGUCUGAAAUUAAACCUGACAUUCAGCCUGAAAUAAUUAAGCCUGUUGAUAAUCCUGACAAUAAAAAGCCUGAUACUGAUCCCGCCCCGUAAUACAGGAGAAGCAACAACGAGUCUGAGAUCGACGAUCUGAAUGAGGUGUUACCGAAAAAUCCAUAAUUUAAUAAUUUAUUUAAGUAAAGAAACAUGGUGCCUAUUUAUAAAAUAAUUUAAGCAUUCCAAUGUGUAUUAAUAUGAUGGUAGAUGCCAUGUUAAUAUAUUUACACUUGUUAUGUAUUGAAUAAAUAUUGAAGCACGGUUA